UCACUCAUCGAAUUGUAGGUUUCGUAUCAGGUACUCUUUUUUCUGCAGUAGUCGAGGAAGAGAAAAAUUAGUGAAAAUCAAAUUAAAGUGAAAGAUAAUUAUCAGCCUAAUGAAUUACGCAAUGAAAAAUUAAUUAACGGGUUUUUAAAUAAUUACGUCUAACGGUUUUGAAUCUCAGUUCCUCAUUUGAUGUGAAUCAGUUAAAACAAUGGUUUUUCCUCUAGUAGUUUUACUACUAUUAAACCGUUUCUCCGGGAUGAGUACCUAUUUAACAAUAAAUUUACCACCAACGCUACUAAAUGCGUUGCCCCCAGUGGAUCCAACGGAAGAAGCCGCUACUAACAAUCCUAGAUUUGGAAGUUUCAUUGACGCACACUAUGACUUUAUUAUCGUCGGCUCGGGCUCCGCGGGCUCCGUCCUCGCCAACCGCCUCUCGGAGAACCCCAAAUGGAAGGUUCUCCUUUUGGAGGCCGGCUCCAGGGGCAACCCCCUCACCCUGGUACCCCUCCUGGCACCAGCCUUCCAGCUUACCCCCUACAACUGGGGUUACACCAUGGAGAAGCAGGACAACUGCUGCAGGGCUAUGGAGGAGGGCAGGUGUUCCUGGCCCAGAGGCAGAGCGCUCGGAGGCAGCACCGUCAUAAACUACGUGAUCUACACCAGGGGCAAUCCCGAAGAUUUCCGUCGCUGGGAAGCCCUAGGCAACCCCGGUUGGUCGUACAAGGACGUCCUGCCUUAUUACCUCAAAUCGGAGAACUGCAAUCUGGGUAAAGGAUGUAACAGCAAAUACCACGGAAAUGGGGGGUAUCUCAGCGUGGACUACCCCUAUGCGACGGAAUUAACCAGAGCCUUUCUCGAAGGAGGUAUCGAGAUGGGAGAAAAAGUGGUGGACUACAACACCCCAAAAUACAUGGGUUUCAGUCAGAUCCAGGCGAACCUAAGAUUUGGACGUCGCCAUAGCGCGAGCUCGGCCUUUCUGGACCCCAUUUCGGACAGGACAAAUCUCCACGUAGUCACCUCGGCCAGAGUCACAAGAGUUCUAAUAAAUCCCGAGACGAAAGUAGCGUACGGAGUGGAGUUCUUUAAAAAACUAGUAAAACACACAGUCAGAGCGAAGAAAGAGAUCAUCCUAUCAGCAGGCACAUUCCAUUCUCCCCAGCUAUUGAUGCUCAGCGGCGUUGGACCGAAAAAUCAUAUACGGGAACUGGGAAUACCGCUUAUACAAGAUUUGCCAGUGGGACAAACCCUGUACGACCACAUAGCCUAUUUACCGUUAAUCUUCAGGAUAAACGAAACAAUGAUACCGUCAACGCAGGCGCUGGAGCCCAUAGAGAGUCUCAAAUGGCUCAUCAACGGCACGGGAGUUUUAUCAUCUUUGGGCGGCGUGGAGGCCUUGGCUUACAUAAAAACCGACGCGUCGAAGGAGGUGGAGGAUUACCCUGACAUAGAACUAAUUUUAGCUAGCAUAGGGUCUCUUCAGUACGACUUCGGCCUCAUAUCCAGGCCGGAGCUCCGCAUAAGGCAAGACGUCUACGACGACUAUUUCAGGCCCCUGGAAAACAAGCCGUGCUACUCAAUACUCACGAUGCUGCUCCAUCCGAAGUCCAAGGGACACCUGAAAUUGAAAUCUCACGACCCGUUCGACCCGCCGCUGCUCUACGGCAACUAUUUCUCGGAUUCGGAGAACCACGACAUGAAAACCAUCCUCAGCGCCGUCAGGUACAGCCAGAGGCUGUCGCGGACCAAAGCCUUCCAAAAAUACGGAGCCACCAUGUACGACAAACCCGUACCCGGUUGUGAGAACCACGUGUUCGACUCGGAUCCCUACUGGGAGUGCGCCCUAAAAACCAUGACGACGACCCUCCACCACCAAGUUUCCACGUGCAAAAUGGGUCCGCCCAACGAUACGGAAGCCGUGGUGGACAACAGGCUGAGGGUGUACGGCGUGAGGAGCCUGAGGGUGGUGGACACCAGCGUCAUCCCCGUCACGUUGUCCGCGCACACCAGCGCCCCCGGUAUGAUGAUCGGGGAGAAGGCCUCGGACAUCAUAAAACAAGACUGGGGCUUAUCCGACUGAUGUUGGUAAUGGUCUCUCAAAAAAAAAAAAUAGAAAAUA